AGCUGUCUCUUCCAGAGGGCGAUGUGGCCGGCCGGCGCAGGCACCAAGCUGCCCUGUCCCCGGGACUCCGCGCUCCGGCGGGCGGCUUUCUCCGGGAACCUCACGGCCCUGCCUUCUCACUUGGUGCCCGCCGGUCGCAGUGUCCGGGUCUUCAUCAGCGCCAACCCUGAAGAUACGGGAGCAGAAAGACAGGCGCUAAAAGAAAAUAUAUAUCCUAAACUAAGAGAAUUCUGCAGAGAAAACUAUGGAUUGGAAUUUCAGGUCAUAGAUCUGUACUGGGGAGUGGAUGAAGACGAAUGGGACAACCCCGACCUCCAGAAGAUGCGCAUGAAACUGCUGGAGGAUUGCUUGAAAACUUCUGCAGGUCCAUGUUUUGUUGGACUAUUAGGUGAAAAAUAUGGGAACAUCCGAAUCCCUGGAGAGGUUGAAGCCUCAGAGUUUGAAAUGAUUUUGGAUGCUGCCAUCGAAGCGAAGUUGGAGACCAAGUUACUGGAAGAAUGGUACUGUCGAGAUGAAAACUCUGUGCCGGCUGCCUAUUACCUCAGACCCAAAUCAGAAAUGCUGAGGAGUAAUCAAAACACAAUGCAGCCUACUGCCAGUGCUGAAAAUGAGAAGCCAUGGCAAGAAAUAUCAGAUGAGAUCAAGAAAAUAUUUAAGGCUGCUGUAAAACUACUACACGAAAAGGGUAAAAUGAAACACAGCCAAGCUAAGAGAUACCUGUUCUCAGCUAUCGAGGAUGAGUUUGACUUUGCUCUAGGCAAGCAAACUCCAGCGUUCCUGAAGAAGUGUGUUUGCUACAUUAGGAAAAUCGCUAACAUUGAGCGUUUUGUGAAAAUCCCAGAGAUGGGAAAAUACAUGGACAUAACUGGAGCAGAACCAAGGGUUACUCGCGACCCAGAAGCUCAAGAGAAGCUGAUAAAACUCAGGGAUGAAUUUAUUCCUACUAUAGUUGCAUCUUCUAAUCUGAGAGUAUACACAUCUGUCACUCAUUGUGACAUGAAACUGGGUUAUUCCCAAGAAAUAGAAAAUCAUUACAUAGAAGGACUUGGUAAGCAGUUUUAUGAGGACAUGAUUGAUAUCAUUCAGGCAACAGUACAACAGAAUUUUGACACUGAAACUGAUACAUUGUAUGAUGAAAUCCUUCAGCAUUCAUCGUUAUGUAAAACAUAUGCCUCCUUCUACGAGUACAAAUGUGACUCUCUAAACAUCUUGCAUAAAUACAUUCUUCCAAGCAAACCUGGGCACACCAACCCUCUUAUUGUAUAUGGUGGACCAUGCACUGGAAAGACCCUGCUGCUAGCUGAAGUAGCAAAGAAGGCAUAUGGCUGGCUACAUGAAGACACUGGACCAGAAUCUGAUCCAGUCAUAGUUGUGAGAUUUCUGGGAACGACAGACAUGAGUACUGAUCUUAAGACUCUGCUUCUCAGUGUUUGUGAACAAUUGGCAGUCAACUACCGAUGUCUGGUCCAAAGCUACCCUAAGAAGAUCCAUGACCUCCGUGACUUAUUUAUAAACCUCUUGAAUGAGUCUUCAUCGCAGAGACCUCUGGUGAUAAUAUUUGAUGCCCUAGAGCAGCUCUCAGAGAAUGACGACGCCAGGAAGCUCUGGUGGCUGCCAGCUCACCUUCCCCGCUUCGUACGGAUCGUCCUCUCCACACUGCCCAACAAACAUGGGAUCCUACAGAAACUAAGGUGCCUUAUUCAUGAAGAAGACAACUACAUUGAGCUGAUCCCCCGGGACCGGAAGAUGUGCAGCCAGGUCCUCAAACACCAGCUGCUGAGGGUCAAAAGGAAGGUCACAUCGGGCCAGCAGAUUUACGUCAACAAUGCAUUUUCCAAGUGCACGCUGCCGAUGUUUGUGAACCUGACCUUCAGGGAGGUGAGACACUGGAGAUCUCACAAAGAUGUCGACGAGUCCUCCCUGCGUGUCACCGUUCAUGAAAGUAUAGAGCAGUUAUUCUGGUCUUUGGAGAAGAAGUGUGGUCAGAAGCUGGUCUCUAGGGCUCUCGGUUACAUCACGAUGGCCAAAAUGGGUUUGAGUGAGAUGGAACUAGAGGACGUGUUAGCCCUAGACAACAGUGUCAUGAACGAGCUCAGUGAGAACACCAGGCCCAAUCCCCUGAGAGUACCCUAUCUGUACAUCGCGAGGCUUAAGGAGGGCCUCAGUGGAUACUUAAUAGAAAGACACGUGAAGAAUGUCACACUCCUGGUCUGGGCCAACAGACACCUGCACCUCAUAGCCCAGAAAUUGUAUCUGCACAACGACAGCAACCUGCGUGAAAUGCAUACCACCCUGGCAGACUAUUUCCUUGGGUGUGGUCAGGGCAGGAGGAAAGCUUUCUGCCUUGAAGACCCCUACCUGAAUGGCUGUCUUGACUUGGAGAGCAGAAGCCUGCUUGAGGAAGAAAAGCACUUCGUGGAACAGGCUUCUUUUGACAGGCAGGCCCCUGAUCAGCCCUGGGUUUUCCAGUGCAAUCCACUGGAGCCCGACAUCUUUUUUGUCAAUCACCGGAAAAUGUCUGAGCUUUUGUUCCACCUAACAAGGUGUGGAAAAACUGAUGACCUGCUUUAUGGCAUCAUCAUGAACUUCAGCUGGCUCUAUACCAUCAAAAUUGGCCAGUUUGACAAAGUGCUUGCAGACAUUGAGCUGGCUUAUAACUGCUCACAAGAAAAGGAGCUUAAGUUCCUAGCCAGCACCCUCCGCAGCAUCAAAAACAAGGUCAUUGCAUUUCCUGGCUCCCUUUCAGCAGAGCUUCAGCAAAGGCUGCUGCCUGUUGUAAGUUCCCUGCCCAAGCUUAGACACCUUCUUCUAGAAUGUGACAAAGACGGGCCCAAAUAUUGUUCCAUUGUGCCACUGCAUUCAUCCAUGGAUGUGACAUAUAGCCCCGAGCGACUUCCCUUAUCAUCCAGUCACCUGCAUGUCACAGAGAUUUUGCCUACCUGUAACCCCAGUACUGUCCUCACAGCUUUAGAAAAUGGUUCCAUCAGCACGUGGGAUGUAGAAACUCGCCAGCUACUCAGGCAAAUCACCACAGCCCAGUCUGUCAUCCUCAGCAUGAAGCUGACCAGUGAUGAAAAGUACCUUGUGGUUGCUACAACAAAUAACACCUUGUUGAUUUAUGACAAUGUCAACUCCUGUCUCCUAUCUGAAGUGGAAAUCAAAGGGACCAAACAUGGAAGUGGUUCCACCUACAUCAAUGGAUUUACACUGUCUGUCAACCAUGCCCUUGCAUGGCUCGAAGCCAGCAAAGAUGUCACUGUCAUUGAUCUGCUCUAUGGAUGGCUUUACCAGUUCCACUGCUGGUAUGAAGUGACCUGUGUCCAGUGUUCUCUGGAUGGGAUGUAUGCUUUCUGUGGACAGUAUCUGAACACCACCACCAUAUUUCAGUUAGGGAGUGGAGAAAAGUUAUGUACAGUGACAUCAGAAUUCUCAGGUGGGUUUGUGAAGUUUCUUCUUAUCUUAGACACGGCUCAAGAGAUGGUUAUGGUAGAUAGUGAGGGGAGUCUUUCUGUUUGGAAUACUGAGGACAUUUCCAAUCCCCAGCUGACUGAUGACUUUGACUGCCGAAGAGAAGACAGUGAGGUGGUCAGCAUUGAACUUUCAGAGGACCAGUUUGCAAUUCUGAUCUGUAAGGCUCUCAGCAUUGAGCUCUUAGACACUCGCAUGUGGAAGGUGGCUGAAAAGUUCAGAGCCAAGCACAAUGAACGCUUUAUAUCUGCUGUGCUGUCCAAGAAUGGAGACUGCAUCAUUGCCACCAUGGAGAAUACCCCAGCUGUGUUUUUUUGGAGGCGGGACACAGGACAAUGCAUGGCAAGCUUACAGGAAAUCUCAGGUACCAUAGUUAAGUUGGUGAAGUCUAGCCACCACAAUAUGCUGCUGUCUUUGUCAACUAGUGGCGUCCUCUCUAUCUGGGACAUAGAUAUAAUCACAGCUAUGUCUAAUAUUGAUAAGACUGGAAAGCCCAUCCAAAGUCUCGUGUUGCCUGGUAGGGGAGAAAUCAUUUACUCUCUGGAUGGCUCAGAUUGCGUUCACAAGUGGAACUUCAGCAGUGGGUUCAUUGAAGCAGUUUUUAAGCAUGAAGGAAUAGUUGAACACUGCGUGUUGACAUCUGCUGGGGACAUAAUGGUGACAUCAGAUGACAAAAGCAGCCAGUAUGUCUGGCAUACCAGCAGUGGAGACAAUCUCUUCCGAAUCACUGGGCAGAGAAUAUCCCAACUGCUGAUUACACACAACGACCAGUUUGUCGUCUCCCUCUGUGAGGAAAACGCCUCCAGGGUGUGGAGACUGGCCACAGGCCACAGGGUCUGCAACAUACUGACCACGCUGCAAAAUGCAUUUAUUACCUCGGCGAACACCUUUGUGGUGGGAAUGACCAAAAGCAAAGUGCUGGCAGUCAGUCUUUGGACAGGAAGUAUCACCAAGAAAUUUUGCUGUGAGGAUGGGAUCACCAUUGUGAGUUUUAAAUUGAUCCCCGAUUGUCCUGACAUCAUUGUGUUUAUCACAUCAGCCGAGACAGUGAACAUCUGGAGUCUGACGGAUGAAGUCAUCUGUCGACGCGUGCAGCUUCCAAAUAACUUCUUGAAAAACCUGGAAGAUUUUGAAAUUUCUCAUGGCAAGCUAGGCAUUAUAUCUCGGGGAGAUGAAAAUAUCAAUGUCUUGGAUUUACACAGCGGUAAGUUACGGGUGGUCCAUGCCUCCGGGGUCAUCUGGCGGCAGAGGCUGUCUAGAGAUGGUCGCUACCUGGUAUACAUUUGUUUCCGGAAUGGGGAGGAAGAGGACGAAAAUGAUGCUGUGUCCAGCUUAAUUGUAAUGAGACUGGCUGAUGGCAAAAAUAUUGGUGCUUGUUCCCUCUACAACGCCAACUUUCUGGCGCUUUCUCAGAGGCACCUGAACAUCAUUGUGGGCUUUGACGAUGGGAGUAUAGGGAUAUAUACAGUAGUGGACCGUGUAGAUGCUGCACUGAAGAUUAAAAUUGCCACUUCAAAUAGCAGACAGAUUUUCAACAAUGCAACACAGGCAGCCAGGCCAAAAUCCAACAGUUACUGCUUUAAAGUAUCUGUGGAUUGCUUAUGGAGAGAGUCCACCGAGGUCUUUGCAAGAGACAGUCCCAUCACAGUGAGUGACUCCUCGGAGCCCAGUGAGGCAACACCUUCCAAGAAACACAACUCUUGUUACGACCGGGUGUGCUCUGCCCUAGAAUCCAGGGGGCACAGCUAUGCCCCUGACAACUGACAAAAUGUCUGUCCUGCUCCAUGGAGAAAAAGCAAAGUGUGUCUUCUGUACCGAAAAUUGCAAAUUACUCAUUUCUUAAA